CGUGCCUUACCUCCUGGUUGCUGCCACCGCUUCCUCUCCCCGCCACCCUUCACGUAUUCCCUUCCGUCAGGCAUUCCUGGCCGCUGUGCUCCGCCUUCCGUCGUUCCGCCUUCUGCCGUUCCGCCUUCUCUCGUCAUUCCGCUACUUACCAACCACCCCCACCACAUACCAACAUCCGCAACACAUAAUGGCUUCCACCAGACAAGUCAUCCGCCGCUCCGCCGAUAUCCUCCGCGCCUCCGCGUGCGUUCCCGCCUUCCGCCAAGCAGCACCCGCGCUGCUGCAAGCGCAACCUUCCGCGCAAUACGUCACGUCAUCGCCCCCCGCUUCCGCCUCCCCCGCCGUGCCGUCCGCAUCUCUCUCCGCGCGCGCACUAGCUGAUUCGCAGGUGUCAGCUGCAUCUUUCCAGCGCCGCGGAUUCGCCAUCACUGCCACGGCGGAUCUCGUGAAGCUACCACGUGUCAGCGAUCCCAACGCCCUCAAUACUCUCAAGGAGGCCCUGGCGACGGGCUGGAUUCCGUGCGACUCGUCUCUAAUCUCCAAGAUCGACAAGACCAUUGCAAGCACAGAGGAUGCGGUGGCGAAGGAGGCUCUCACAUCCCUGAAGGCGGCAGCAGAGGCGGUGGAGGUGUUUGGGGAGAAGCUGGAGCUGCUGAGGCUGGACCUGGACGAACUCAGUGGGGGCAAGUUCGGAGGCGAGGCUGUGGGUAAGAUCCCGGAGGACAUGAAGGCGGCCCUCACCUCUGCUCUGAAGCGCUAUUCGGCGUAUCUGGGCGCUUUCAAAGAGGAGGAGGGGUGGCUGCAGCGCAAGGUGAAGGAGGAGCUGGGCGGCGCACUGAUCACCGUGAAGCAGCGGUGCAGCGGACUUGAAGAGGAGUGGAACCAGAUUAGUCUGCUGGGCACAUCGGGCCUCUCUGGAUCGUACAUUGAGCAACGAGGACACUGAUUCCUACACGGGCCUGGAACUUGAGCCAGUAUUGCGGAGACCUGCUCGUGUUUCAAUGUUUUCUGUUGAAGAGGCACCACACCACACUGUAGCAGUUGAAGCUAGCGCACUACGAUUGUAAGAUGGAAGGCCUGGUGGUGUGAGCUACCUUUUGUAUUGGGUUGACCGCAGAGGAGGUAGUUUGACGACCCAUUUCAUAUGUAAUUUGAGAAUUUCUUUAAAUAUCGAUAUAUGGUGGUUUAUAUGCCUAUUGUCCCAUAUAUAUGGCGAAUGUGUAGCG